CACUUUUAGCUGAUUUCAAAUUUCAUCUUAUACGAUUGAAAAAAACGCAAGAGAAUAAUAUGGUGCAGAAGACGUGAUGAAAUAAACAUUUUAAUAAUAUCGGUCAAUGUGAUUGUCAAAGUUUAUGCCCUUGAUUUGUAUCUUACAAAUGAUCUCCACGCUUUUCAUUCUUCUUAAAGAUAAAUUGGCAAAGAAAGGGAAGAGAACUGACGAAUAUGUCAACUGUAUUAGAGAACAAUUCAAAUACAAAUAUGGAAACAAAUUCGACAAAUUGGUAUCUGAUGCUAUAAACAGUAAUAAAAAUAAUGUAUACAAGAAUGAUGAAUCUGUUAUGAACUGUCUAAAGACAGAAGGUGACGAGUACAGAAGUAAAGAGCAAGAUUUCAACAGCCAACAGUGUGAUAAAUAUCUGGUGAAAGUGGACGCUUCAGAUGUAGAGAAAUUGAUAAAAAGUUUAGAUAAUGAAUAUUAUAACAGGGCAAAGUUCGGUGCUUCAGUCUUUUUGAAAAAUCUCCAUGAAACUGCUGUCAACAAUUUAAAAAAAAUAAAGAAACGCAACUAGAAGAAUACAAUCAACGUCUCCUUCGCACUUGCCGUCAAACCACUAAUUAUUUGUGGUAGUGAACACACAUAAAACGUGACGGUUUUCAUGAAUGUUUUUUCACAUUAACAUGUUUGUUAAAUCAUCUGUUGUUGAAUAAUUCUCAUUGUUUCUGGAAACUUGACUCAUCUGCUUUUCUGCUGUGCUAAUUUACCAUAACUCGUUUAUAAUAAACUUUG